GUUUGAAACGCGCGUGAGGUCCAAUCGUCCUUUCUCUUUCUCCCCGUUUUCCUUCUUCGUCCCUUCCCUUCUCCUCUCCAAUUCAAAGACAAAGACUCUCUCUCUCUCUCUCUCUCUCGCCGGCGUAACGAUCUCGCUGCCAUUUCCUGUUGCUACCGUUGGUCAGCUCUUCCGCUUUGGAUCCAUUGUUUUCAAUCAGGCGGUGUUUUUGUUUUAGAUCUUUGGCGGAAGUUCGAGAUCCGAGUGGGGGAGGAUGGACAAUGGCGAUAUUGAAGGCGGGGGCGGGGGCGGGGACGAGGAAUUGCACCAGCACCAGAAGCAGGGCCUGAGGAAGUACAGUCCGGUCGUGGCUCACGACCGCGCCGUCCUCGAGAUGUCUACCAUAGAUCCCGGAUCUUCUUCCUCUUCUCGCGAGCCUACUCUUAGGAAUAUUAAAGUGGGCCAUCAAGCAGAAAUAGGUCCAGAUGAAAAGGGACAAGGACUUUCUCCUUCUCAUACCAAUGCCAAUGGUCCCCAAAGAGAAUCCAAACUGGAAUUGUUUGGUUUUGAUUCCCUUGUGAAUAUUCUUGGCCUCAAGAGUAUGACAGGGGAGCAGGUUGCGGCACCUUCCAGUCCUAGAGAUGGUGAAGAUAUUUCCAUUACUCAUGGUCAUCGAAAGACUCCAGACCUCAAAUUGGGCACGAUGAUGGGUGUAUUUGUCCCAUGUUUGCAGAAUAUUUUGGGAAUCAUAUAUUACAUCCGAUUUUCCUGGAUUGUUGGUAUGGGGGGCAUAGCAGAGUCACUGGCACUGGUGUCAUUUUGUGGCUUGUGCACUUUCCUGACUGCAAUGUCACUGAGUGCUAUUGCAACUAAUGGUGCAAUGAAGGGUGGGGGACCAUAUUAUCUCAUUGGUCGUGCUUUGGGCCCUGAGGUUGGUGUAAGCAUUGGCCUGUGCUUUUUCCUUGGGAAUGCCAUUGCUGGAGCUAUGUACGUAUUGGGAGCUGUUGAGACCUUUCUAAAGGCUGUACCAGCUGCUGGAAUUUUUAGAGAGACUAUUACAAAAGUUAAUGGCACAGUAGUUCCACCCAUUGAGAGUCCAAGUUCCCAUGAUCUACAAAUUUACGGGAUAGUUAUAACAAUCAUUCUAUGCUUUAUUGUCUUUGGUGGUGUGAAAAUGAUCAAUCGAGUGGCACCGGCAUUCCUGAUACCAGUUUUGUUAUCCAUAUUCUGCAUAUUUGUGGGCAUUAUGUUAUGUCGGAACAAUGAUCCUGUAGAAGGAAUUACUGGCUUGAGUUUAAGCACCUUCAGAGAUAAUUGGAGUUCUGAUUAUCAGAAUACCAACAAUGCGGGGAUUCCUGACCCUGAAGGAAAAGUGGAAUGGAAUUUCAAUGCGAUGGUUGGUCUCUUCUUCCCUGCUGUGACUGGAAUUAUGGCUGGUUCCAAUCGAUCGGCUUCUCUGAAAGACACACAGCGUUCAAUACCUAUCGGAACACUUGCUGCUACUCUCACAACUUCUGCUCUAUAUGUGGUCUCCGUUUUAUUGUUUGGAGCUCUUGCAACCAGACGGACGCUCUUGACAGACAGGCUGCUUACAGCUACAGUUGCCUGGCCUUUCCCAGCUGUCAUCUAUGUUGGAAUUGUCCUUUCAACUCUGGGUGCAGCUCUCCAGUCUCUCACAGGAGCCCCGCGCCUGCUUGCUGCUAUAGCUAAUGAUGAUAUUCUUCCCAUUCUCAACUACUUCAAAGUAGCAGAUGGAAGUGAACCUUAUAUUGCUACCCUUUUCACAGCAUUUAUCUGCAUUGGGUGUGUCGUAAUUGGGAAUCUGGACCUUAUCACCCCGACUAUAACCAUGUUUUUCCUGCUGUGUUACGCGGGCGUGAACUUAUCCUGUUUCCUUCUGGAUCUUCUAGAUGCCCCCAGCUGGCGUCCUAGGUGGAAAUUUCACCACUGGAGCCUCUCUUUACUCGGAGCAUCACUCUGUGUUGUGAUUAUGUUCUUGAUCUCAUGGUCAUUCACAGUGGUGUCACUUGCCCUUGCAAGUCUUAUAUAUUACUAUGUCAGCAUCAAAGGAAAGGCUGGAGACUGGGGUGAUGGUUUCAAGAGUGCCUAUUUCCAACUAGCGCUCCGGAGUCUUCGCUCACUAGGAGCAAGCCAAGUGCACCCAAAGAACUGGUACCCGAUUCCACUUAUAUUCUGUCGACCAUGGGGGAAGCUUCCUGAGAAUGUGCCAUGCCAUCCCAAGCUCGCAGACUUUGCUAACUGCAUGAAGAAGAAAGGUCGAGGAAUGUCCAUCUUUGUCUCCAUACUUGAUGGCGACUACCACGAGUGUGCUGAGGAUGCAAAGGCUGCAUGCAAGCAGCUUGGCACCUACAUUGACUAUAAGAACUGUGAGGGAGUGGCAGAAAUAGUGGUUGCCCCGAGUAUGUCCGAGGGCUUCAGGGGCAUUGUCCAGACAAUGGGCCUUGGUAACCUCAAGCCCAACAUAGUUGUCAUGCGAUACCCUGAGAUCUGGCGCCGAGAGAACCUGACUGAGAUUCCCACCACCUUUGUGGGGAUUAUCAACGACUGCAUAGUUGCAAACAAGGCGGUGGUCAUAGUCAAGGGCCUCGAUGAGUGGCCAAAUGAGUAUCAGAGGCAGUAUGGGACCAUAGACUUGUACUGGAUUGUCCGAGAUGGGGGUCUCAUGCUUCUCCUCUCCCAGCUCCUCCUCACCAAGGAGAGCUUUGAGAGCUGCAAGAUUCAGGUCUUCUGCAUUGCGGAGGAAGACUCAAAUGCCGAGGAGCUUAAGGCUGAUGUGAAGAAGUUCCUCUACGAUCUUCGGAUGCAGGCGGAGGUGAUCGUGGUAACAAUGAAAUCGUGGGACGUGAAUGUGGAUGGCAGCGGCGGGGGCCAGCCGGACGAGUCAUUUGAUGCCUUCAAUGCCGCCCAGGGGCGGAUUGCAGACUACCUUUCGGAGAUGAAGGAGGUGGCCAGGAGGGAAGGGCGGCCACUGAUGGCCGACGGGAAGACGGUGGUGGUGGACGAGCAGCAGGUGGAGAAGUUCCUAUACACGACACUGAAGCUGAACUCGACGAUACUGAGGUACUCGAGGAUGGCAGCGGUGGUGCUGGUGAGCCUGCCACCGCCGCCUUUGAACCACCCGGCUUACUUCUACAUGGAGUACAUGGACCUGCUGGUGGAGAACGUACCGAGGCUCCUUAUGGUCAGAGGCUACCGGAGAGAUGUCGUCACCCUUUUCACAUAGCCAAUAUAUAGCCACCAGACCCCUUAAGCAGAUGUUCUGUUCCUUUUUUCUUUUUCUUCUUCAAACAAUCUUUAGCUGUUACCAUUUUCUCUUUUUUACCAAAUUCUUGUAGUUUAUUUUUUAUAAAUGUUUUUGUAAUUCUUGUUCAUAUGUUGUUUUACAAUUAUGGCCCCUUCUUUCCCUCCAUGUCAUGGGUCCCCUUUCACAAAUUUUGCAGGCCAAGUGUAUCAUCAUUCAUUCUACCAACAUGCCCCCUUAGUCAAUCAUGGUUUUUAUAUAUU